UCAAAGACAAUGAAGCAAAAUUUAUCCAAUCUGUUUGAAGAUGGUUCACUCCCCCAAAGCUUCCAGCCUCCUCAGGAGCCAGCAAUACAAAACUCCCAGAUGGCACAUGAGGAACUUAUCCCCUCCCCAUCUUCCCACAGGAAAAAUAAGGAAUAUCUCAAACAGUCAUAUUCAACCUUCUCAGCACAACCUACCACAUUUUUUACUGAUGCGGUUCCAAUCAAAGGCCAUCAGCUUUAUAGCCUCAAGGCAUUUAUCCAGGUGUCAAACAAAAUUUGAUUUUUACCUCUUUGCAUUCUUCUGAAGUGUAGAUGACUCAUGAUCGGUAACAUUAUUCCAGACGUAAGCAAGCCACAUGCCUUCCAAUUACAAUAAAUUAUCCACACUACAGCAAUUGCUGCCGUUCCUAAACAUACGGUCAGUGAAGUUAGUGAGAAAAGUAUCAGUUCAGUUUUAAGUCUUUUAUUCAGUUUAGAUUAGGGAUACCAACUUCUGAUAUAGCUAUAUAGCAAAAAUGGGCUAUGUUAAAAGCAUAUACUCUGUGCAUUUAAAAAAAAAAUUAAGGACAAUCAACCAACAAACAUACAAUUGCUAUAAACAUACAGAAACAAUCAGGCAACCCACAUUAAGCAAACAAGGGUGGCCCCUCCCCCAAACAGAGUGCCAAAGGACAAGUGAAUGUAAAUGGAACUAUUUUUUUAAAAUCUAAAUGAUGUUAUAACUGAGUAGUCGUCAUUGGAAAAGAACACAGAUUUGAAGAAAAAUAGGCAAUAAAUAAAACAUGAGAUUCACAUUGCAGGAAGAUUUUUUUCCAGUUCUUGAACACACCAUGUGAUCUAAUGUGAUGAAUAUUACACAAAGUGAGAAGAGGAAAAUGAAGAGAACUCUUUUGUUACAUGCUUUUCUUCAGCUAUAUGUAAUUCACUAGAAGGCCUUAUUAAGCCUCUGAAAGAACUGACUAGACGUCUUGCACUGGUGGCAUGACAUCUACACCCAGACUUUUUCCAACUGAAAGACUAAGAGAUUACUGGCUUUAAAUCAGCACCAAAGUUUGUUCUCUUAAAUCUCUUUCCAAAGCAGAGAAAUAUAUGCAAUUUUCAGAUGUUAUAAUCUGUGUGCAUUGGUUGGAAUGAACAUAUGUAGGGGAGAGUUAAGCCUGCCACUACAAUACUUCACUCUUUCCCCCCAAGACACAUAUAUACAUAUGCACUUUUUUAUCCAUCGAUAAUCAAAUGCAUGUAAAUUGGGGGGUGGGAGUCCAUAAAGGUCUUUUGACUCUCUCUUCAUCAUGUAUAUGUAUCUAUAGAGAGAUGUGGUGGCCCCCGAAUUGUGGAACAGCUUACCAGAGGAGAUACGCCUGGCGCCUACGGUAUUUUCCAGGCAUUUUAAUGUUUAAUGUUAAUGUUUAAUGUUCAUGUGAAUGUUUUAAAUUCUCCUGUUUUUUGAAAUGGAUUUUAUUGUAACAUUGUAUUUUAACUCUGUUUUGUACA